UCUUUCAGCAUAGUUGUGCAAAAGAGAAGAUGACAGUGCCAAGCAAAAAGCCAGUAAUGGUUCGACAAGUCUUUGCGGAAGACCUGGAACGUGAGUUUGCGAUCAUCCAUAGUGUAAUUGAUAGGUACUCUUUUGUCUCCAUGGAUACCGAGUUUCCAGGUACAAUUUUCAAACCAGAUAAACAGCUCGUUGAUAUAACCGAUCCUUCUUUCAACUAUCUGUUCAUGAGAUCCAAUGUUAAUGCCCUACACAUCAUUCAGCUUGGCUUAACCCUCUCUGAUUCUCAAGGAAAUUUGCCAGAUUUUGAUACUCCGUAUUGUUAUAUCUGGGAGUUUAACUUUAAAGAUUUUGAUUUCGAAAAAAAUUAUUACGAUAAAGAAUCAGUCAAAUUACUUAAAGCACAAGGUAUUGAUUUUGUGAAGAACAGAGAAAAGGGUAUUGAUUCUAGGGAUUUUAGGAGAAUGGUUUUGAACUCCAAAUUGGUGUUCAAUAGGUCUGGUUUGACUUGGAUCACGUUUCACAGUGCUUAUGAUUUUGGGUUCUUGGUGAAGAUUUUGACACAGCAAGAGCUGCCAUAUCACGUCAAUUUCUUCACAAAACAACUGAUUUAUUUCUUCGGGUACAAGAUUUAUGACAUCAAGCAUGCCUUCAAGUACUUCGGCCUACAUGGUGGCCUGGAGAGGGUGGCUAAACUUUUAAAUGUUGCUCGUGUCGCUGGGGAGAGCCAUCAGGCAGGGUCGGACAGUUUGCUCACCCUCCAAUGCUUUAUGAAACUGAAGCAGUCUAAGGUUUUUGAUCGCAUCAACCGAAUUCUGCCUGCUCUCGCAUUGUAUGGACUCGUUAGAGUACGACGAUGAUUCCCUUUUCUUCUUUUAGGCAAAUUCUUUUAAAUUUAUGAGAUUGUAUUAAGAGCUUUCAUUUGCAAGUCUAAACUUGUUCUUAUAUCCAGAAACAAAUGUAACUGUCCUUUCCUACAUUAUUAGAAAAUGUCAUUAGGUUAAUUUUCA